GGGUGCGUGCGUGUGUGUGUGUGUGUGUGUGGUGGGGGCCGCUUAAAUGGGAGAGUUGGCCUCUCCGCUGUGGUGACAGGCUGACAUUCCUAAUGGUGUUAAUGGUAGUGAAAGAAAUGCUUUAAAAACGCACGCGGCUCCAAAGUYUGGGGRAAGUUUUUGCCACGUAGUUGAUGAGGCAGAGCUGAGGAUCAGCCCGUCUGGCACGACUUGCCUUUGCCCAAAUAAAGCCACCCACUCUUAUUUAGUUUUAGUGGUCUGUAUAACAGUUAUACAGCUUUAAUGAAGGGAGUGAUGGCACAGAAAGUGAUGGGUUCUCUAGUUCUAAUGUGGAAGCAGGGAUCUUGUUUGGAUGGUGGUGAAGGGAGAGAAAUGUCAAAUUGCACAUCUAAACUUUUGCACAAUUUGGAUAAGUGAAGGAGUGCCCACAUACCGAAGGAAGCAGAAAGAGGUCCACAUGACGCGAUCCCUUUGAUGGAGGUGUACAACAAGAGUUUGUGUCAGCCGCGGGAGGUGCUGGUGGAUAUCCUACAGGAGUACCCGGAGGAGGUGGAACACAUCUUUAUCCCGUCCUGCGUGGUGUUGAAGCGCUGCGCCGGCUGCUGCGUCGACGAGAUGUUGCAGUGCACGCCGACGGUCACCUAUAACGUUACAAUGGAGAUUAAAAGAAUAAAGCUCCAAAGGCAACAAAAUAACAUUUUCAUGAGUUUUACAGAGCACAGUGCAUGUGAGUGUAGGUCAAAGACAGAAGUAAAAGAAAAACCACCUGGGAAAGGCAAGGGCAAAGGCCAAAAGAAAAAGCGAAAGAAAAACCGCGACAAAACAAUUCACGAUGCUGUCUGUGAGCCAUGUUGUGAUAACUGCACAGAGCGGAGAAAGCGUUUGUUUGUGCAGGAUCCAGCAACCUGCCGGUGCUCCUGCAAACACACAGUUGAAUACUGUAAAGAUCGCCAGCUAGAGCUCAACGAGAAGACCUGCAAGAAAUCAAAUAACUUGCCACUUGCCUUCUACUCCCAAAACUCCUCAAGAUGUGACAAGCCAAGAAGAUGAGAGAGGUGGCAGCACCAGAUGUACAAGAUGAAGGAAUAUUCUAAAGAUAUUUCACAGCACAGCACUUUGACCUUUGAACCGUAAGCUCUUUUCUGUGGAAAGCAUUCCCCUGGGACUGACAAAGAACAAAGAAGGACUGGAGUUUCCUCCCGCUGUAUAUCUGUGUGUACAUAGACCAUAAUAUAAGAGAGAGAAAAAAACGAGUACAUAUUUGUUAUGCUGCUACAGAAAUGAAUAACUAAACCCAUCAUUUGACUAAAAAUGAACUAGCCGCCUUGUGGUUUUGCAUUUCUAACCGGCUUGUGAUGCAGGUGUAGUCUUAUUGUCGAUUCAUUGUAUGCAAUUUCUUCACUGGAUACGAGUCUACUGUGGUUGUGUGUCAGUCAUAACAAGCAAAACCUCUAGAUAUAUUUAAAUGCUAUGACAGCGGGCGAGACCGAAUGAAGACAUGGGCGUGCUCUUCUUUCAAGAAAAUGACCGAUGGACUAUUUGCUGGCCGACGUCCGCUCAGUGCGUUUCGGAGCAAACGGCAAGACAAACGGGACAGACAGCCGAUGGAAAUCUGUCUCUGCUCGAUUCACUUCCUUCCCUCUGAGGACAUUUCCGAACUGUCGUGGACUUGAAAGACACGGAUGCGAUCAGAGGGGACUCUGGAGUUGGUGGUGCCAUAUACUUCUAAAGGGAUACCGGUCGUCCGUAUAGCAUUUAACGUUUUGCUAUGUCCUACAAGAAAACCACUGAAAAUAUCCUAUACUGUAGUUUUGAUUCCAUUUGAGAAACUGUGCCUCACGUAUUGUACUGAUAAAUCUUUCAAGUGCUUUUUAAA